UACAAAACGCUACACCCAUUACACUCAGUGGUCACUGACCAUUCGGUACUUUUCUCUAUAUAAACUGGCGUAACUUCCCUAAUCAUGUAGUAUACGUUUGCAGUACGAACCAUUUCUUAAAAUGUCUCUUGCAAUCUUCGUGUUUCUCUCGUUCCUGCUUCUUGUGGUUGACACGAGCCAGACAGUUAAAGGAUGUUCAGGAAAAUCCGCUAGUAUCAUAUUUGUCUUGGACUCUUCAAGUAGUGUUUGGGUCGAAGACUAUCGGAGACAAUUAAAGUUUGUCACCAAACUAGUAGACAGCUUUGAUAUUAAACCAGAUGGAGACAGUGUUCAAGUUGGCGUGAUAACUUUCAGCAGCAGAGCGAAUUUAGAUAUUUCCUUAAACAAAUUCACUACAAAAGAGUAUCUCAAAACUGCUAUUUUGGCCAUUCCUUAUCGAGGCGGAAUUACUAACACUGCAAAAGCGCUUAUUUUAUUGAGAAAGGAAAUGCAAAGUGUCCUCGAAAGACGUUCUGGUCCUUUUAUUGCAAUAAUUGUAACAGAUGGUCAUUCACGACAACCCAAUAAAACUGCAAAGGAAGCCAAAACUCUUCAUGAACUUGGGAUCAAUGUUUAUGCAAUAGGUGUUGGCAAAGAGUACAGUGUUGAAGAACUAAAAGCUCUUGCCAGUGAUCCUGACGAAAAUGUCUACCAAGUUACUGACUAUUACGCGCUGGAAAAGCUUUCCCAGAGACUUGAUAUAAAGACGUGCAACGAUAUACCGAUAUUACCAACAGCCAGUAUGUCCACAGUUUCCACGGCAACGGAGCCAAUGGUACGAGACGAAAGAAGUGCUGUUUGUUUUGGUUACGAUUUGCUUUCGAUAGGAGCUCUCCGAGGUAACAUGAUCAAUCAGUUCAUAAGGAUUCUUCUCCCGUAUACUGGAUAUGGAGCUUUCGAAAUCGUAGCACUUCCAUAUUGCCCACAGACGUUCAGCAUUCCACUCACCCCAAUACACUCAGAAACUAAACUGAAUAUAACUAACACUGCUAAAAACGUUUCUAAUCUUGAAGCUGUUAUCUCCAAAAUAUCUCAGACGAUACAAUCAAAGCUAGAUUUAAAUAAUAGGAGUACUGAUCAUUUCAACGUUAUUAUAUAUUUCGAUUCAUCUGUAAAUAUUAUUACGCCUAAUAUCAUUGAGGAAAUCGGUAAAUUGAGAAAACUUAAUUGUAAAAUAUUUUUAGUCAAUAUUGGAUAUAAUCUGAUGCCACAACAUCUCAUAUUAAAAUCUUUAAAUUGUCAUAUACUUCAAGUCCCAACAUACGAAGACAUGUUAAACAAGGCCAGAAAUACACCAUUUUAUUUUAGACCAUUACUAAAUCUAUCUUAAUAAAUAUUCAUAAUUGAUAAUAAUGCUGUUAAUAUUUCAUUGCUCAUUAAGGCAGCGAACUGGCAGAAUCGUUUGUAUGCCGGGCAAAAUGCUUAACGGUAUUUCGUCCGUCUUACGUUCUGACUUCAAAUUGCAUCAAGGUCGACUUUACCUUUCAUCCCUUCGAGGUCGAUAAAAUAAGUACCAAUUGAGCACUUGGGUCGAUAUAAUCGAUUUACCCCCUCCACCAAAACUUGAUGGCCUUGUGUCCCAAUUUGAAAUUAAUAUUUCAUUUUUCACAUACAUACACCACAAGUAUACACGCACGCAUAUAUUGUAAUUAGACGUAACAUAAACACUUAAGCUUUUAAGUACACAUUAUAUUGUUACAUAAUUUGAAACAGAAGUAACUAAUGCUAUGUUGACAAACGAAUUACAUGUACGUAGCUUGCAUGACGACUUCGCUACUCAUUACAUCAAAUAGGUUCUGCAAAAUUUAUGUCGAAAUAAUACAUAUAAAUGUUUUCUUUAUUAAAUUAUAAUUAUCACUUCCCUCUUAAAUCAUAUGAAAGCCACAAAUAACUUCAAUUCAACUACCACCUCACUAUUGUGCGAUCUAAGGCAGUAUUUCACUGAAAUUUGUUGUUAAUACCUUGAGACAAUUCCGUGAAUAGGAAAACUAAGUACUUAUAACAUAAAUGGUUAUUGCAUGUGUGUG